AACACAACACAAAAAAAAAUCGUAAAUUCUCACAAAAUUCGUCUCCAUAAAAUCAUGUUAGUCAGUUGCAAGUGUUUAAAUUUAGUUGUAAGAGUGCAAAAGCCAAAUGACGCGACGACAGAUUGGCCCGCAUACAGGGCGCAUCCGAAAUCCGCAAAUAAUGUCGGCAUGGAGUUCUUCAAGCAGGCAAUCGGUCCGCUUUCCAGUGAAGUUGUUGCCAUAAGUAAGGAACAAAGUGCACUUGUCCAGGUGAUAAUGAGCGACGAAUGGCAGCUCCAGAAGUGUGUCAACUGCAAAGAAAUCGUUUUCGCUGCCAACGAGAUGAACCAAACGUGCUUGGUGAACUCCGCCUUACUCACAAACCCCAAUGAGAUCGAAAAGAUCAAAGCGAGCAGCGUGUAUUCGCAAGUGUUCCGCAUCGCCAUGGUACAAUCGGAAUUUAUGGAUUUGCGGGACAAACUCGCGAAUCUCGAAAGACCGCGCAUCAAGAUGUUGCAGGAGCAAGUGCAUGCCGCCAUCCAGAACGAAACCGCAGCUGUGGAAGAAAAAAUUCGCCUUUUCACCGAACAACAAUACGCCAUGCUGAAGAUGUAUCGUCAUCGCGCCGAACAAGAAUUUCAUACGCUUUGCAGCGUAAUUAACUGCGUACCUGAACACACACUCGACAUCCAACAACAACAACCGACGACGCAGCAGCAUCAGCAACACGACGACGACGCUGUGAGCAAAACAUCGGGCACCUCUCUCAUGGAAACGCCGCCCGCGACGCCCGAUAACACGCCCAUGUCUGUCGGCAAUAGUCCUCCGAUUGGCACAACGACGACAACGGCAAGUACAAAUCCCGUCGGCGGCGGUGAUAUUUUCAAGCAGCAACGCAUUACGGCACCGAAUAAGGGCAAAAGCAUCAUUUUUAAGACCGUCAUCAGUGCAAAACAUUCCAAUAACGCAUCUCAGGGACACAAUCAGCACGACAACGACUCAGAUUGCAUUUUUGAGUUGGAUGGCGUUGCGGAGCCGACAACAAAUGCUUUCGGUAUGCGCGCUUACAAACCUCCAAUGGCGAAUAACAUGUCGGAUUUGGAGGAAUCUGAUCAUGAAGACAUUGAAAUCGGUCAAGAAGCGGGCGCCAUGCAUAUACCCGGGCGAACUUAUACACGUCAAUCGAGUGUAGCAAAGAGCUUACCAAUUUCGAUGCCUGCUGCAAUGCAGCCAUUUAGAACCACCGAAGAUGACUUUGAAGAGCUUCCCGAAGACAGCAACAUCGACAUUGCUGCUUCGAUCAAGGCUUUAGCAAGAAGCGUUCACGGUGAAGCCAUUUUUGGCGAUUUACCACGACCAAGAAAACCAAAAUUUACCACCCAAAUAUAAUUUUUUUUACGUUUUUUUUUAAAUUCUAUGAACUUGCGAAAUUCUGUUCAUAGAAAUUUCUUGAAUAAUUUGUUAAUUCGAUUUAAAGUCUUCUUACAUUUUUCUAUUAAGUUUUUUUUUAUUUCCAUAAAAAAAGUGCUUUAUGAAUCUUGGAAAUUAAAAUCUGGAAAAAAUUAGAUAUAUAGAAAUGCGCAGCUUUGUAAGCUUUUUAUUAAAAAAAAAUAUUUUUUUUAAAGUUAAGAAGCUUGAUGAACUUUAACUAAGAGAAAAAAAAUCAUUUUUAUGUUAAAAUUUUCUGAUUUACCGUCAAAAAGAACAAAUAAUUUAAUUUUCAUUGAAUUUGUUUCAUAAUAACUUUUUUUUUGUUCGACAUAUAUUUUUUUAAUGUAGCAAGUAAGUGACGAUAUAAUAUUAAACUGCAAAAAUUCAUACUAACUUUUCUACAUACGAGUA